UAGCUCAUACAAUUCCGAAUCAUAGGGACUGAUUGACUGAUUCCUUGCCAGUGCUCGCAUCCGAUCCGUCUAUGAAGACGCCUGCAAUAAAGAUUAAAGACAAUAGUACCACACUUUUCUCUCCCUUUUCGUUUUGCGAUUCUGCCGCUUCUUCUUGAGUUUCCACUCUGUAUUCCUUUGCUAUCAGACACAAUUCAGAAAUAGCAAAUCUUCAGCCUUUUCCCGAUAAAUUAAAAAACAAAUCUCCGAAUUUCGCUUCAUUUGCAUCGGAUCUUAUAGCUCAAUCAUCUCUCUCUGGUUACUCCAGGUAUUGGAACCCAAUAAUGAUGGAAAAGGCGGAUCCUGCUCAAAAGUUGUACACUCGGAUGCGACUUUGGGAUUUUCCAGACCAAUAUAUUAUUGAGCCAACUGAUGGUUCUUCUGGUUCCAGUUUGCUAAUUAGUCGUGUGGAUGGGUCCAUGAAACUCAUUGAUGAAAUUCCGCAAUGCAGCUCAGUUCGAGUUCCAAAAAUUCAGACAAUAUUUGGUGUGAUUGGGAUGCUAAAGCUGUUAGCAGGAUCAUACUUGUUAGUCAUAAAGGAACGUGAAUGCGUUGGAUCAUACCUGGGACAUCCAAUGUUCAAAGUUACAUCCUUGAAAGUGUUACCCUGUGACCAUUCUCUUAGGAACUCGCCAGCAGAACAGAAAAAGAUGGAGACUGAAUUCUCUAAGUUGCUAAGUGUUGCUGAAAGGUCUCACGGUUUGUACUUCUCAUACGAUGUCAACAUAACCCUCAGUUUGCAGCGCUUACAUAAUCUAGGUGAUGAAUCAAAGUUGCUUCCUCUCUGGAGACAGGCGGAACCCAGAUUUCUAUGGAACAACUACAUGUUGGAGGUUCUCAUAGAUCAAAAGCUUGAGCCCUAUUUGCUUCCUAUCAUUCAAGGCAGUUUUCAGAACUUCCAAGCAGCUAUUGGUAAAGAUAUCAUUGAUGUUACUCUCAUUGCAAGGAGAUGUACGAGGAGAACUGGCACUAGGUUAUGGAGAAGAGGUGCCGAUCCUGAUGGGUAUGUAGCAAAUUUUGUGGAGUCUGAGCAAAUCAUGCAGUUGAAUGGGUCUAUAGCAUCAUUUGUGCAGAUUCGAGGUUCAAUACCAUUGCCAUGGGAACAAAUCGUUGAUUUGACUUACAAACCUAAAUUCGAGAUGGUUAGAGCUGAAGAAGCCCCUCGUGUUAUUGAAAGGCAUUUUUUGGACUUAAGAAAGAAGUAUGGAAAUGUAGUGACUGUUGAUCUUGUGAAUGAGCAUGGUGCUGAGGGCCGUUUGAGUGAAAAAUUUGCCAGUGGUAUGCAACAUGUUGGAAGUGAUGAUGUGAGAUACUUGCACUUCGAUUUUCAUCAUAUUUGUGGACAUGUGCAUUUCGAGCGUCUCUCUAUCUUGUAUGAUCAAAUUGAAGACUUCCUGGUCAAGAACCGGUACCAUUUGUUGAAUGACAAAGGUGAGAAAGCAGAGGAACAAUUGGGAGUUGUAAGGACCAAUUGUAUCGAUUGUUUAGAUCGCACGAAUGUUACACAGAGCAUGAUUGGUAGAAAAAUGUUGGAAUUUCAACUUAGAAGAAUAGGGAUUUUCGAUGCUGAAGAAACCAUCUCUACACAUUCAAAUUUUGAUGAUAAUUUCAAGAUAUUAUGGGCCAACCACGGGGAUGAUAUAAGCAUCCAGUAUUCUGGUACUCCUGCUUUAAAAGGAGAUUUUGUGAGAUUUGGCAAACGAACUGUUCAAGGAAUAUUUAACGACGGCUGGAAUGCCCUUGCUCGUUAUUACUUCAACAACUUCAGUGAUGGUACAAAACAGGAUUCGAUCGAUCUACUGCAAGGACACUACAUCGUGUCUGUUUCUCGAGACAUGAACCCUUUACCUCAAAAGGGAGGUGUUGAGGCUUUUGCUUCAUUCCCAGUAGCGUUCUCACUAAUCUUGGUCGGAUUCUUCCUUUCAAUCAUGUCAUUGGGGCAAGUGAGGCAUGACAUUCGACACUUGUUCUUUUCAACCUUGUGGGCGGGUAUGAGUGUGGCAGUUGCAGCAUAUGUCAAGGCUAAUGGCCGAAUUUUCUGUAAUCGCCCUCGUCUGCACAAACCAUCUCGUUAAUUGGUCGAUUUACUUUUUAAAAGUCUCUCAUUGUCCUUGUUGGCUCCCUUCUUUUGCUGAUGAUUAUUUCGAGAAUGUUUUUUUUCUUCUGUUAAAUGGUCGUGUGUGAAGUCUCGAAUCCACGACAUUCAUUAUGGUUAUGAACCUACGAGUUUUAUGAUAUUAUAUAAUCAUUCUUUUUGUAAA